AUGGCCACCAGCAUGGCCUCGGUGACUUGGCCAGACUGCUUACAACCUAAAGCAGGAGGGAGACUGAACAAGUCAAAGGGCUCUCAAGCCCUUUACCAGGUCAGCGUCAAGGUCUCACCAAACACGGAGAUGAAAACAGCAGAAGAGCCAACCCCAAAUCUUGGGCAGACUCUGGAGUGGCUGAGAAAGGAGCUGGCUGAGAUGCAGGUCCAAGACCAGAGGCUCCUGCUCACGCUGAAGCAUCUUCACAGUGUCCUGGAGGAUCUGCGUGCUGAGAGUGCCCAAUGGGAGGAUGCCAGGUCCAGCGGAGGGACAUCCCCCAUCAGAGCUCGAGCAGGCUCUGAAGGCAGGAGCUGCCAGCCCAUAUCAUCCAGGCGGCUGACCCAUCUCCUCCAAAGGGUAGAUAGCAGACGAAGCUCCCUCCCGUAA